ACCGGUCCUCUGUCUUCCUUCACUUCAUAAAGGCAUAUAGACCACAUCUUGCAUUGACUUGUUUCUACUUGAUAAAACCAGACAGGUUGCAGUCAUGAAACAAAAACAAGGGUUGGAAGACACAUUAGAAUUAACCCGAAGAUUUACAUUUAAUCCUAAACUGGGAAUCGACAACCCUGCUCUCUGCAUAAAUGAUGAUCAAGAAACAGUUUGUUCUUCCAAGCCAAGAGUUUGCCAUCUACACAAAAGGAAUGUGGAGAGCUUUGGGUUUUAUCUGCGCCAAGAGUUGGAGACACAAGGUCAUGUAAUCCGCCAGGUGGAGAGGUUUAGCCCUGCUGAGCGGAGUGGUCUACAGGAUGGUGACCGAGUAGUAGAAAUAAAUGGAGAAUUUGUAGAUGAAAUGAAACACUUCAAGGUGGUACAGAAGAUUAAAGCAAGUGGGAAUGAUGUCACAUUUACAGUUCUUGACAGCACUACAUACAUGGACAUCAAGGCUCACAAAGGCAGCGUCCUUGAAUUGAUUUCUGACCAGAAUACAACUCAUUUUGCCAGACCUCGACUUUGCAUUGUGGAGAAAGACAAUACUGGAUUCGGUUUCAGCAUUUCCUCACAAGAACGUAUGAAAGGUCAUUUUACACUAAGUGUUCAGAAGGGGGGGCCAGCAGAGAGAGCUGGCAUCCUUCCAGAUGACAUACUUCUUGAGGUGAAUGGAGUAACUGUGAAGAACCUUAACCUUUCUCAGCUUUCCAGAAAGAUAAAGGAGAGCAGACAGGUUAUAGUAGUUCUAGUGGUAGACAGCCAAUCAGAAGUCUUCUACCAAGAGAAGGGUAUCAAAAUUACAGCAUCUAUGGCUGACGCAACCUGGAUACCAUUCAAACCCAGAAAACUAUACAUGGUGAAAGGGACCAUGGGAUAUGGGUUUCUUCUACGUCAGGAAGCAUCCAAGUCUGGAAGGUGUGGUCAUUUCCUGAAAGAAGUGGAUGAGGGAUACCCAGCUGAAGGGGCAGGGAUGAUGGAAGGGGACCGGCUACUCAUGGUGAAUAAUGAAAAUGUGGAGGAUUUGGAUCAUGAAAAUGUGGUGCAGCGGGUCAAGCAGAGUGGAAACCAGGUCACUCUGGUGGUGAUCAGUGCCAAAGGAGAUGCUUUUUAUAAUUCUAUUGGACUGUCUCCACUACUGUUCUAUGAAGAUGAGAAGCCAAACUCUCCCAGUCAGUCAAUGCACUUCACAACUCCUUCCCAUGAACUAUUUCAACACAGCAUGAGGGAGGAAGAGGAGGACCAAACAAUCCAGUCCACAGAAGUAAAUAGUAUGCCUCUUGCUCUACAAACUGCACCUUCUAAACCACGACUUUGCCAGAUGAACACAGGAACAAAAGGUUAUGGCUUUCACCUGUACACUGUCUCAGAUGAACCAGAAAUAUAUGUACAGCAGGUAUGGGGGAAAUUAUUUUCAUUGUUUUUGGCUUUGUCUGAACAUGUCAAGCUCUACAGUUAA